GGGGUCGGGGGUAGUUAUUGGCGGUAUGAGCUUCCUCAUUCCCCCCCGCAAAAAGAAUCAUUCCGUCCUCGGUGGUGCAUCACCCGGAGUUAUUGUGGAAACUGCACUUUCUCGGUAUAGGUCUCUUCCCCGUCCAAGCAGCAACAACCUCCACUGUUAUUUUCUUCUGUCUCUCAUGCACUUCUUGGUCAAGGAUCUAUUAAUAACACAACAUGGUUACGAAGAGUCUGCUGCUCAUCUAGUUAUUGAGAAGUUUUAUUUGAAGUUGGAGAAUGGGCAUCCUAAUUCCUCUAUGGAGAGAGAUGUUGAUAAAGAGCGCACAUUACUUUUUGAAUUGGCUAUACAAGAAACAAAUGGGAGUAAACCAGACAAGGGGUUGGCUGCUGAAUGUUAUUUUCUGUGGAAAAAUACAAGACUCAACCAUAUCCACAUUCCAGACGAGGUGAAGGCCAUGUUGAGGAAGCUACGUCAGUCCUACAAGUUGCUCUUACUAACCAAUGGAAGUUCCGCGGUACAAAGGGAAAAGAUUAAUGUUUGCCAAUGUGAGCAGUACUUUGACGUGAUAGUUGUAGGUGGAGAACAGCGAGAGCAGAAACCAGCCAGUUCUAUAUUUCAAGAAUGUUUCAGGCUCUUGGAAGUGAAGCCUGGUGCUUGUGUGAUGAUCGGUGAUGAUCUAAAGACUGAUAUUAAAGGUGGGGUGAAUGCUGGUGUUACAGCAACUAUCUGGAUAAACAACAAUAAUCUAAAACCUGACAGAGACAGUGCAAUGCCUGACUAUACUGUGAAAUCAGUACUAGAAGUUAAGGAUAUUUUGGAAAACAUUAAAGAUAAAGUUUAACUAGGAACACUAUACUCCUAUAUACUUUACCUACUUUAAUGGGAAAAAUGCUUAAAAGGUGAAGUUUAAGGAUGUACUCUAGACUUUUCUAUCUUAAUUACUUGGCAGACUGGCAUCUAAUUUUUAUAUGUACAUCAAACCAUUACCCAAAUCAAAUAGUAAAUAAUUGUUUUCCAAAAAUACAAUUUAAAAAUAUAGUAGAUCCUAAGAACUUUAAAUUUUAAAGCUCAGUUAUAGAAGGUAUACAAGCAUGUUGAAGUUUUUAAAACUUCACGUUUAAAAAAUAAAAUUUUAGAUGUUUUGAACAUUCUUAAAUACGUGGAACUAAAUUAUUGUCAUUUGCUAUCAAUGCUAAUAUAUUAGUUUGAUAAAAAUAACAAUGACAAAGGGAAGUUAUUUUAACUGCAGGACAUUAAUCUUUGUUUUUAGAAUGUGCAGUCAGGCAGCAAUUAAUUUGUGACAAUUAUCUUGUGACAAUUAUCAGGAAAAGCAACAUGGUCUAAAACCAGUAUUCAUAUAGAACAGAAAUCAGAUUGGAAACCAUUUGUUCUUUAAUUUCUGUGAUCUUGAUUUUGUUUUAGCGUUGUACAAGAUUUAUGCAAAUUUGUUUUGCUUUCUAUUUUAAAAGUUCAUAUUUUCCAGUGUUUGGGAUUUUAAGCUGCAGAAUUGUGAUAUCUGAAGUAUCUUCUAAGCUGAGUAACUGUGUUUUAGUGCCGACCAUACUGAGUGAGGCACCAGAUCCCAGGUGAUGUCAGCCAGAUUAGAGGUUGCACAUUGGCAACCCAGUCACAAGAAGUGGACCAAGUUAUCUUUCAGCUCAUCCUUCACUGAACAGUAUUGAGACAACCAAUGGUAUCCAUGAAUGAAUCAUCUACCAACAAUCAAUAAUUAAUACCCUUUUCAAAUGAUGGAUAGGCAUUGAAGUAGUGACUUUUUUUUUCUUUAAAAACACCCUUAAAUGGUGAAUAAAUUAUUUCACAGAAUUAUUUCAAAUGUAUUCAGGCUUCCUAAUCAUUAACUGUUUUAAAGGUUUAUGAAAUAGAAACCAAAGACAUGAUAUUGUAGGGAGGGGAACCUGAGGGUAGAAAUAGGACAGAAUCUUGUUGAGGUGUAGGGUGUCUCACCUACCAGCUGUAGUGGCAGUGAGAGACCUACAUUGUUUCUUUUCAGGAAGGCUUGCUAAACCAUGAGCCAUUCAGGCCAUGGCCAGAGAUUGACAUUUCACCAGAAUCAGUACUUCGGGGACAGUAGCCUUCUUUUGCUCGUCAUUUGGCAGGCUAAAGCUACUGCCAGAACAACAGAGACCAGAGUUUCAGCAUUGACGGAUGAUGCAGGCCAGUAUAUCAGUACAAAAGACAAGCAGAGGUGUUUGUAACCAUCUCCAACCGCAAGUGCCAAGUGGCUAUUCAUUGUGGCCUCUAUUUGAGGGGACCUAGCAUCACAGAUGCCAUUUUUGGCAAAUUCUGUUCACUCCAUAUGAAUACUGAAAAGGCCAUGAGUCCAAGCAGCAUUCUAAAAAUAUUAGGGAAGAUCUAUGCUCCAGCAUUAGCCAUACCCGUAGCCAAGCUGUUCCAGCACAACACUGAAGGGGAGGAGGUGGAGCAGUGGUAUUGUCACUGGACCAAUAAUGUUGUAGGGAGAUAGAAUUCCACCAUGGUAGUUGGUGAAGUUUCAAUCAAUAAAAAUCUGGAAUUAAAAGCUAGCCUAAUGGCUACCAUUGGUGAUUAUUGUAAAAAACCACGAAUAUUCUUUAGAAAAACAAAUCUUCCAUGCUUAUUUGGUCUGGCCUACAUCUGACUCGAGACCCACAGCAACAUGGGUGACUCUUAACUGCUCUCUAAAACUGCCCGAGCAAGCAAGUCAGUUCAAGUGGGGAUGUACAAGUGACCCCAAACCCAUAUUCAAAUAAAAACAACUACCCAAAAAUUAUCCAGGUAAGUCAUGUCCACAAAAAGCAAGUCAAAUGCACCAAGCCAAUUACUGCCCUGUGAGUCUGCUCUCAGACAUCAGCAAAUUGCUGUAACAGUUCUAUCGAGCAGUACUUGCUCAGUAAUAACUUGCUCAAUGGGAUGAGUUUGAUUUCUGCUGAGGCCAGUCAGCUCCUGACCUUGUUACAGCAUUGGUCCAAAAAUGGUCAAAUGAGCUGAACUGUAGAGGUGAGGAGAGUGUAAUUGCUGUUGACAUCACACAGCAUUUAGCCGAGUAAGGCAUUGAGCCUAGCAAAAUAAGAGUCAAUCGGAAUCAGGGAAAAUCUCUCUACUGAUUGGGGUCAUACCUGAUGGUUUGAGGUCAAUCAUCUAACCCACAAGACAUUACUAGAGAGUAGAGUAGCGUCUUACAAAUCCUAAGAUACUGGAGCAAUCAGAGUCCAAAUACAGCAACCUGGACAACAUACAGGCUUGGUCUUACAAUUGCCAGGUAACAUCAGAGCUUCAGUGCCAGGCAGUGAUCAGAAACUAAAAUGAACCAGACAUUUGAAAGCUAUGGCUACUAGAGUACAUUAGAGGCUGGAAAUUCUGAGCCAAGUAAUUCUCCCAAAGCAUGUUUAUCAUUUGCAAAGCACAAGUCAGGAGCAUGAUGGAAUACUUUUCACUCACCUGGAUUAGUAUAGCUCCAACACUCAAGGGGUUUGACACCAUUUAGAAUAAAGCAAUCCAUUGAUUAAAACUUUUAUCCACCACUUUGAACUUUAAUUUAGUGUACACAAUCUACAAAGUGCACAGCCCAAAUCACCAGGACUGCGUCAAUACCAACUUUCAAAAGUGCAGCAGAUGCAUGGGAGUGCUAUUGCCUGCAAGUUCCUCUCCAGACCCCACACCAACCCGACUUAGAACUAUACCUCCAUUCCUUCAAUAUUGCAGGGUUUAAAUCUAGGAACACUUCCCAACAGCACUGAUGUACCGACACCCCAUAGACUGCAAAAAUUCAAUGUGGCAGGUCACCACCACCUUCUGAAUGGCAAUUAGGGAUGGGCCGCAAAUGCUGCUCUAGCUGAUGAUGCCAAUAUCACUUGAAUGAAUUAAACAAAAUUGGGACUAUAUUCUCUGGACCUUAGAAGAAUCAGGCAUCCUUACUGAAACACACAGCAUUCUGAAGGGGUUUGAGAAGAUAGGUAUUAAGCAAUGGCUUCUACUAGCCAGUGAAUCUAAAGCACCAGAGCACAGCCUCAUGCUAAGAGGCUGAUCAUUCACAAUUGAGAUGAGAAUUUACUUCACUCAAAGGACAUCGUGAAUCUUUGGAAUUCUUUAUUCCAGCAGAUUAUGGAUGCUCUAUCUUUGAAUAUUUUAAGAUUAAGAUAGAUUUUUAGUCUCAGGAAAUUAAUGGAUUUGUAGAGCAGUAAAAGUGGGUGGAAGCUUAAAAUCAGCUACAAUAAUAUUUCAUGGCAGAGCAGGCUGGAUGGGUCAGUUCCCAGGCCAUACUGCUAGGGUUCCCAGUUAAACAAUGCUUCAGUUUUAAAAUUCUCACACUUGUUUUCAAAUCCUUCUACGGCCUUAACGCUCCGUUUCUCCAUAAUGUCCGAGACCUACAACUGAGUCAACAGCACUUCUAAUUCUGGCCUCUUGAGCAUCCCCAUUUUUAACCGCUGUCCCAUUGAUGGCCACGUUUUCUGUUGUAUAACAGCAUAAAAGAGUCUCCGAGUUCAUUCUGAAGAGUCCAUUAAGCACUGCCCAAUAUGAUAUCACAUGGACUGGAGCAAAAAACAAAACACCUUUGGGCUUCAAAGGGAUAAAGACCUAACAUUGCUGUCUCCUUCAGUCUUAUACCAUGUUCAUUCAUACCAACAUAAAUUGUACCUAGUUGUUAUCAUGCAAUAAAUUACAUUGUGUUUAAGAGGCACUUCUUGUUAGACUACCAAGUAAGUUGUCCUACACAAGGCCAUCAAGGUCCUGUAUAUCCAUACCAAGAAAGAGAAUGGCAGCAGUAAAUCCACUUGACGAUAAUUUUUUUUUAAAAAUUAAAUUGGAUAUGAGCAUUGUUGUCUGGCCAUUAUUUAUUGCCCAGACUGCCCAGAGGGCAAUUAAGAAACUACAUUUCUGUGAAUCUGAAGUCACAUAUAGGCCAGACAAGGCAAAGUUAACAGAUUUCAUUCCUUAGAGGACGUUUGUGGACUAGAUGGGUUUUUUCAACAAAUUACAAUGGUUGAAUUGUUGCCAUUAGACUAGCUUUUAAUAGAUUUUAUUGAAUUACUCCAAUUCAAACCCAUGUUCCCAGAACAUUAGCCUGGGACUCCAGAUUACUAGUUCAUUGACAUUACCACUACACCAUCGACUCCCCACUAAGGGUUCAUUAAGGUGCCUAGGCCCUAAACUUUGGAAUUCCCUCCCUAAAGCUCUCCGCCUAACCUUCCUCUUCAAAAAUACUCCUUGAAUCUCUACUUCCUUAAAAUACUACCUCUUUGACCAAAAUUUGGUCACCUACCCUAAUAACUCUUGUUUAGUGUUAACAUUUUCUUAUUUAUUUCCUCAGAUGUGCAUUAUUAAUUUUUUUAAUCACAUGAAAAACUGCUAUAUGAAUUCAAGUUAUAUAAAUAUGCAAGUUAAAAAAGUUAUCAGUUUUACAAAAACAAGCAUGGCUGAAUUUUUUUCUUGGUAUUACUCAACUGGCAUCAAGGAUAUAGAAACAAGGGUACCAACUUAAUUUUCAUCCCUGUAGCAAAAGCAGGAGGAAACAUGUUAAAAGAUCUAGCCUUUUUUUUAUUUCAAAGAGAUAUGAAUUUUGUGUUAAAGUAUGAGAAAAAUCUUAAAUGCAACAACUAUCCUCAGUAUAUUAAAUUUAUAGUGAAGCUCAAAUGAAUAGUAAGAAAGGGAGAAAUUCAUCUCCACUAUUUUUCUUGUAAAAAUAUAGAAACUCACAUGAUAAAGGAUGCCAGAUUUCUUGGUUUUCAGGCAUUUUCAUACAUUAAUGCAUGAUAUUCAAACUGCAGAUUCACAAUUUAUAAAUGGGUGUUCUGCAGUUAAAUGCAUUUCAAAUAACCACGGGUUGACUGAAAGGUAAGAAUGUACCUAGGAGUAAACGUGCACGUAGCUGUUGAUGAAAUCUGUACAUUAAUCAGAUAAUAAAGAUAGACUGAUAGCACAAAGCUUUUGGUCAGAGCAAAAUUUAAAAAUAUGCCUAGUUACUGGAAGGCACCAGUAGCUGUCUGCAAUCAUAUAUGAACUGAUUACAAUCAGGUAUUGCACAAUUUUUGGCAUUAUAUUACUGCAGUUUCUCAUCCACAAUUGUGCACAGAUAGCACCUGCAUAUUAUAGGAAAGAUUUCAAAAACCUGACUGUUCUUUGUAACCUGCAGAUUUGAAUAACCCAAACUUAAUUUUGUGUUCAAAAACUCUGCAUAGAAAAAGAAUAAAAUCUGUGCUGAAGAAUGUGGAUGGGUCUCUGUUUUAAUGUAAGUGCACUGUGUUUAAGUGACAACCUGAGCUGACUGACUGAAGCUAAAUUCAUCCCAUUUAAAAUGUCACAUGUGCAAUCUGGAUUGGUUCAUCAGGCAUGAGGAAAGCAAUACAACCCAUCUUAAUUCAUCUACUCAAACACUCUGAUAUCCAGAAACCCUCCAUCACUCUGUGGCAUCCAACUGUUUCUUUAAAAACAAUGAUUUUAGGGUUUUUGGAUUCUGUUCCAUGUAUUGGUAAUUGUAAGAAAAAUGUUCUACUAGUAGUUUUCAAAUAGCUUUUUAGUAGUCUGAAUGUGUGUUCCAUUGUUGUAUGGUGUGUGUCAGACUGGGGUGGAAUCUUAUGCCUUUCUCCAACAACAGUGGGGAAAGACAGGCAUUUAAUCCUGUAGGAGGGUAGCAGGUGGAGACCCCAUCAGCAUCUUGCCCACCCAAUAAAGUUUGAAGCAGAAAAGCCCAUGGACAACUUCCCAUCCCAUUGCCAAUUGAAGCCCUUAAGUAUUAAUUGGCCAUUUAAGGGCCUCCUCCAUCUAUUGCUGGUGUUGCUGGUAUUCCUGUGUGCAGGAAGAAGGUUCACAAGGUGAGGAAUAUGGCAAGCGAUCCUAAGAUUGCAGUUUCCCAGGCUAGGGGCCCCCAUUCAAAAACACUUUAAUUGCUGGAACCUCAGCAGAGUAUUGAAGUCAGAUUGUCAUAAAAACAACUCAAACUGUUGGAUUGUAAUAGUGUUGAAGAGCAGCCUGACCAUACAGACCAGCAGUUC